AUGCUGUGCAAUCAGGGUGCUACAGAAAAUACUGGCAAUGGUAAACCUUUCAAAGCAGUUCCCCAGAGAAAACAGCUAUCCUCUGUCUCCACUGCUUUGCUUUUAGCACUCGGCCUUGGCAUUUUUGAGGCUUUGGCUUUGUCCCUGGGAUCUGGAGCAUUUCUAAAUUUAAUCGGUGUAUCAACGCAAAAUCCAACUUAUGCUCCUGCACGGCACUUUCUCUCUUUAAGAGCUGUUGGUGCUCCUGCAGUUGUACUUUCUUUGGCUCUUCAAGGCAUUUUCCGUGGUUUUAAGGAUACGAAAACUCCUGUUAUAUGUCUAGGCAUUGGCAACUUUUCAUCUGUCUUCUUAUUUCCCUUACUCAUGUAUUACUUUCGGUUGGGUGUAACUGGUGCAGCCAUUUCCACUGUUAUUUCCCAAUAUAUUGGGGCCAUUCUGAUGAUCUGGUGUCUGAAUGAACGAGCCGAGUUACUACCUCCAAGGAUGGGAAACCUGCAAUUUGGCAGUUAUAUUAAAUCUGGUGGUUACCUUCUUGGAAGAACACUUGCUGUUCUUUCAACCAUUACAUUGGGGACAUCAAUGGCUGCUCGACAUGGUCCAGUAGCUAUGGCUGCACAUCAGAUAUGUAUGCAAGUGUGGUUGGCUGUUUCCCUUCUUACAGAUGCCUUGGCUGCAUCUGGUCAGGUAAAUGAAUUAUUGAAACCUUGGGAUUAUUUUUCUUGUAAUUUUAUCUUUUUAACAUUUUCCUCCUUGUAGUACGACUUCUUGAAU